CAUUUAUUAUAUUUUAUUUCAGGUGUUGCGUGCUUUUAAACGUGACGUGUCUUUCCUGUCAAACCGGAAGCAGCGACAGCAGCGACGUUUACAUCCACCACUGCAAAACCUCGUCUGGAUCAGGAAUCAGAUACAAUAAAACAACCAUAAUGGUUACAGACGUGCAGCUGGCCAUCUUCGCCAACAUGCUCGGAGUGUCUUUGUUCCUGCUGGUGGUGUUAUAUCACUACGUGGCUGUCAAUAACCCCAAGAAGCAGGAGUAAAUUUGCCAUGAUUUAAAAGUUGAAGAAUGAAGAAAGAUGCACCACCCUGGAAACAUUCCCCUCUUCAGCCCUUUGUCCAAUUAAGACAAAAAUUUCUGUUAAUGUUGCACAUUAAUUAGCAUUUUUAUAAUAAACAUGUAAACACCA